AUCCAUACCAAGCUUGUGCAUACGAACCGAGAAACGGCGGCUAUUCUUCGAAGCCUUGUUUGGCACUAAACAUCUUGUCUGCCAGUGAGCCCCGACGCGAAGUCAAAAGUCAACAGAGAGGCGGCCACCUGCUGUCCCACCUCGAACCCCAAUUCCUGAACAUCCGGGGGGUGGUGCACAGGCGCGUAUCCUAGGCCAACUACCACAAGGACACGCCCCCAGCCAGCCAGCCAGCCAGCCAAGCAUGUCAGGCGAAGGCCCCGAAAGCAUCCCCACGUCGGCCGACCCGCGCUCGAAGCGCCCGGUCAAGAAGCGCGCCCUGACCCCGGUGACGGCGCAGGCCAAGACCGUGGACGCCCUCUUCGCGCGGCCGGACCAGGAGAUACGCAUCCCGGGCGCCGGCGGCCAGUCGCGGCCGCGCCUCGCCGCCCCGCCCGAGAUCGUCACCAAUGUGCAAGGGUCCAGCGCCGGCGCCGGCAGCGGCGAGUUCCACGUCUACAAGGCGAGCCGGCGGCGCGAGUACGAGCGCCUGCGGCAGAUGGACGAGGAUGUGCGGCGGGAGAGGGAGGACGACGAGUUUGAGAAGGCCAAGAGGGAGCGCGCGGCCAGGGACGCGGAGAGAACGAGGAGGAACCGCGAGAAGAGGGAGAAGAAGCUGAAGCUCCGGAAGAACAAGGAGCAGGGAGGGGGAGGAGACCAGGGAAAGGAAGCCCCCGGGAAAUCGUCGCUCAAGCCUCGGGGCGACAGUCAUCCGGCCGGCGCGCCUCAAAGAUCUGCUGUCCCGGAGCCAAACCACGAGAGCAGCGUCGCAGAAGUGCGGGCGGCGGCUCCCACUGAUACACCAGGCCUUCUGAUUCACGACGAUGACUGAAGAAUGAUUUUGCGACCUGGCAGCGAUACUUCCAUUAUAUCCACAAAUGAUGACUGCGUAGUUGACGCUCCAGCCCUUGAGGAAACUUUUUUAUCUACCAUCCAUCCAUGGCAAAAUGCUGCUGCUGCCUUAAUACAGGGGGGUAUGCUAGGGUCACGACAUCAUACAUUCCCAUGAAACUGACUUUGCAGACCGUCUAAUCAUCACCGCCACCGACUCCAGUCCCAACUCCCGGCUGCGCCUUCUUAGCGCUGCAGAUAUCGUCAACUCUCAGCAGGAGACAGGCGGCCUAGAAUAGUGUCAGCUUCGUCAUCCUUCUUGGAUUGGCAAACAAGCCGGUGAUAGAUAGGAAAUAGUCUUACCUCAAUUGCAGUCUUCAUACUCUGGACCUUGAUGGCCUGGGGCUCCCACA